GCAUCAUCACCAACGACCACAACUAACCAUCUCUCUCUCUCGGUUGAGCAAGUAUGGACUUCUCCUACUUUAGCUUCUCCUCGUCCUCGGAGAAGAAGUCCUCGAAACGCCGGCAGCAGCAGCAGCAGCAGCAGCAGCAGCAGCAGCAGCGCAAUGGCAACGCAACGAGGUACCUCGGGGUGCGCCAGCGGCCGUGGGGCCGGUACGCGGCGGAGAUCCGGGACCCCGCCACCAAGGAGCGGCACUGGCUCGGCACGUUCGACACGGCGGAGGAGGCCGCAAUCGCCUACGACCGCGCCGCUCGCAACCUCCGCGGCGCCAGCGCCCGCACCAACUUCGCCUACCCCGACCUGCCGCCGGGCUCCUCCGUCACCCCCUACCUCUCCCCCGACCUCUCCGCCGACCAGCUCCAGCACUACUACGACGCCAACCCCGCCCCCGCCGCUCAGACAACGCCGGCCGAUCAGGCCGCUCAUUUCGGCGCCGGCAACCAAGGCCACCACGUCCCGGCGAUGUCGUCCUACGGCACCGUCGACGCUUCAAUGACCUACGGCUGGAAUGCUGAGAUGGAUAUGUUCGACGGCGGCGACAGGGCGUUGUGCGACGCGUCGGAGCUGGAGUUUGGUGGGUACGAUGAGUCGGCGGCCAACUCGUCGCACGGGAUGUACUUCGAGGAGGGGUACGUGCACAGCCCGCUGUUCUCCCCGAUGCCGGCCGCCGACGAGGUCGACGGGUUCCAGCUCGGCGGGUCGUCAACUUCGUAUUACUAUUGAUGUCGUCCACGUCGCCGUCGCCCGUCGGAGGGGACUGCAUAUAACUCUCCGGCGUGGUGAGUUAAUUUGUGUGCCUGGUGUGCUUAAUUAGCUAGCUGUUUGACUUGCCGUGUAUUUUAAUCUCCGGUGUUCGUCGUGAGUCGAUGGGCCCAAUCGUUUGUUUUGGUGAUGCCCUGCAGUUUGGGCUUGUUUAUUUGGUACCAUGUGUAAA